AUGAAGAACUCUCUUAUGUUGACGGCUCUUGCGAGCACCGUCUCAGCCAAAGGAUGGGGCCCUUACCAUCCUCCUGCCUACUCGAAUAAUUCCCUGAGCUUCGAUGCAACUAUCAGAGUCAAUGCCGAGCAGCGAUACCAGACCAUGCUUGGUGGUGGAUGCUCAGGCGCGUUUGGAGCAGCUUGCACUACCAACACUCUUUCAGCAGCCGACCAGGACACAGUAGUCAGAACAUUGUUCGAUGAGAAUAUCGGUGCUCUGUCUAUUCUCCGCAAUCUGAUUGGAUCUUCUCCUGGCACGACUAUACUUCCUACGUGCCCAGCAACCCCCUCCGGUCCCUUCAACUACACCUUCCCAACUGCCAACAACGACAGCUGCCAGUUGACACUGGCCCAAAACGCACUCAAAUACAAUCCAGACCUCUACUUGUACGCAGAUGCUUGGUCAGCCCCAGGCUGCUUCAAGACCACUGGUCGCGAAGCUGGCGGCGGUCUCAUCUGCGGUGUCAGACGCUCCAACUGCACAUAUGACUGGCGCGAGGCUUACGCCAACUACCUGAUCGAAUACGUCAGACUUUAUCAGCAGCGUGGUAUCAAAGUUUCUCUCCUAGGCGCCUACAACGAACCUGACUUCAAUCCUGUCACCUACUCUGCAAUGUUGUCUGACGGCUACCAAGCCUACGACUUCCUGAGUAUCUUCUACCCUAUGGUCAAGAAGGCUUUCCCCAGCCUGGCUGUGUCCUGCUGUGACUCAACCGGUGCCCGCCAACAGCGAGACCUUCUUUACGAGCUUGGUCGCCUUGGUGGAAAGACUCUUUUCGACGUCAACACCUACCACAACUACCAGUCCGAUGUCAAGAGACCUNUUGACGAUCUAUUGGCUGGUCAGCCUACCCUCGAGACUGAAUGGAGUGAUGGCGGCAGCACCUGGACCAGGACAUGGGAUGUCUCUGGCAACAACUUCGAAGGAUUCCAAUGGGCUAUCUACAUGCACAAUGCCUUCCGAAACAACGUGGCUGGUUGGAGUCACUGGUGGUGUGCAUGGACUUCGCCCACAGACGCCUCCCUCGUCCAGGUAAACGGCACUUCUUAUCAAGUCUCUGCUCGCUUGUGGGCCUUCGCUGGUUACUUCCGUUUCGCGCGUCCUGGCGCUGUUCGUCUGUUCACCGACAGCAGUGUCGAAGAGGUCUAUGUCACUGCAUGGCAGAACAAGAACGGCACCAUUGCCAUUCCUGUCAUCAACGCUGCACACUACACGUACACUUUGAAUGUGCAGUUGUCUGCCACCAAUGUGUCGAUCGCGACUGCCUACUUGACAGACAAUGACCACAACGUCACCCAGGCUGGUCAGUUCACCUUUGAAGGCGGCAGGUUCACGGCUCAGAUCGAGCCCAGAGCCAUGAAGACGUUCUUCUUGGAAGAGGCCGCGGCUUAA